AUGGCAGAGAGUGAGCUUGCGCCCAAGUUCGCUCCGUUCUUCUCCUUUGCCGGCAUUGCUGCUGCAAUGAUCUUUGGGUCGGCAGGAGCAGCUUAUGGCACAGCAAAGUCAGGCAUCGGUAUCGCCGGUGUGGGAACCUUUAGAUCUGAUCUGAUUAUGAAGUCUCUCAUCCCCGUCGUCAUGUCCGGUAUUAUCGCAGUUUACGGUCUGGUUAUUGCAGUGCUCAUUGCGCAAGGAGUGGACCCAACAGGCAACAUGAGUUUGUACACAGGAUUCAUGCACCUCGCCUCGGGGAUGUCGGUUGGACUUACAGGUGUGGCUGCUGGUUAUACUAUUGGUGUUGUGGGUGAUGCGGGUGUUCGGGCAUACAUGCAACAAUCCCGAGUCUAUGUUGGAAUGAUUUUGAUUUUGAUCUUCGGCGAAGUCCUGGGUCUUUAUGGCUUGAUUGUUGGUUUGAUCCUAAACUCCAAGUCUUGA